GAACCAAAGCAAUCCGUUAAGCUUGCGGCGUUGAGGGGUUUGCCGGAUUGCUGACAAAUCUCAAUGUCUGGACAAGAUUCGCAUUUUUGCUUUCGAUAUCAUUUCGCAUGAUGCUCGAUAGCUCCAAGGCGCUGUAGGUGACGACGGUCUUAGCGUAAUCGACGGUUCGUAGUAUUUGGCUGCGUCGACUGAGCGGCAUGUUCCACAAAGGCGGCGAAGGGCGGCCGAAAGGUUUUGGCUUCGGAAGCUUCGCGGUUUCAUCGAAGAAACCCGAUUCGCAGCUUGGUCGCAGCGCUUUGCAACCAGAAACGACACCUGUGCCCGCUUUGCCGGUUGUUAACCGGCGUGGCUACACUGGCUUGAGCACCAUAACUCAAAACGCUUUGGAUAUCAACUAUGGAAACCUUCGCAAGCGGCCGAAGACCGAAGAAGAGUACUUUGAACAGGAUGAGGAGGAUGGCCGUGGAGGGCAGUUGGCAUAUAUACCUGCCCCUGGAAGCCCUACAUGGGAUGAGCAGCAGCGUCGGGAGAAACAGCAGGAUUCCUCUGAGAGCGAGGAGGACCCUUUAGAUGCUUUCAUGGCUGAUAUUGAGAAAAAACUGAGCAAAGAUAAGAAACCAUCGUUAUCCAAGAACAGCAAGAUGCCUGAAAAGGAAACCAAAUCAAAGGAUGAACUGAAGGGUGUUCGUGAUGACAUAGAAAAUGAAGACGAUGAGGAAUCCUACUAUCGUUACAUUGAAGAGAACCCUAAUGCAGGAGCAGACAAAGACGACAGUGACAUUGAACUGGAGUAUGAUGAGGAUGGCAAUCCAAUUGCCCCUGUCAAGUCAAAGUACAUUGAUCCACUGCCACCUAUCGAUCACUCAACCAUCGAGUACAAGGAAUUCACCAAGAACUUCUAUGAGGAACAUAAAGAAAUAGCUGCACUCAGUGAUGCUGAAGUGGAUCAAUUACGCACAACGUUGGGCGUAAAAGUGACAGGAGCUAUUCCACCAAAACCUGUGACGAGCUUCGGUCACCUGGGAUUUGACGAAGCGAUGCUCAAGGCUAUCCGCAAGGCAGAGUACACCCAACCCUCGCCCAUCCAAGCACAGGGAGUCCCAGUUGCACUGAGUGGCAGAGACAUGAUUGGCAUUGCAAAGACUGGCUCAGGAAAAACUGCCGCUUUCAUCUGGCCCCUCUUGACACACAUCAUGGAUCAGAGGGAGCUUGCACCAGGGGAAGGUCCCAUUGGCCUAAUUUUAGCACCAACCAGGGAGCUGGCCCAACAGAUUUAUCUCGAAGCCAAACGCUUCGGCAAGGUGUAUGGUGUAGCUGCUGCCUGUUGUUUUGGUGGUGGCAGUAAGUGGGAGCAGUCCAAGGCACUCCAGGAAGGAGCUGAGAUUGUUGUCGCCACCCCUGGUCGCAUGAUUGACAUGAUCAAAAUGAAAGCCACUAACCUGGAGCGUGUUACAUUCUUGGUGCUGGAUGAAGCAGACCGCAUGUUUGACAUGGGCUUUGAGCCCCAAGUGCGUUCCAUCUGUGACCAUGUUCGUCCUGACAGGCAGACUCUCAUGUUCAGUGCUACAUUCAAGCGUAAGGUGGAGCGGCUUGCACGUGAUGUGCUUACAGACCCAAUCAAAGUGGUUCAGGGUGAUGUGGGAGAAGCUAAUGAAGAUGUGACGCAAAUUGUGCUUGUGAUGCCCAGCAACCCACCAACGUCCAAAUGGAACUGGCUCACCACACACUUGGUGGAAUUCACCUCAGUUGGCAGUGUUCUCAUCUUCGUCACCAAGAAGGCCAAUGCAGAGGAGCUGGCAAACAAUCUCAAAGCUCACGACCACAAUGUGGGUCUUCUACAUGGAGACAUGGAACAAAAUGACAGAACCAAGGUGAUUGCUUCUUUCAAGAAAAAGGAGUUUCCUAUUCUUGUGGCUACAGAUGUUGCUGCACGUGGUCUGGACAUCCCCCAUGUGAAGACUGUGGUGAACUAUGACAUCGCUCGUGACAUCGACACCCACACGCACAGAGUUGGCAGGACUGGCCGUGCAGGUGAAAAAGGGGUGGCAUACACACUGAUCAUGGACAAGGAGAAGGAGUUUGCUGGCCACCUCGUGCGUAACUUGGAAGGGGCCAGCCAGCACGUACCUCAGCAGCUGAUGGACCUUGCCAUGCAGAGUCAGUGGUUCAAGAAAUCGCGCUUCAAACAAGGCAGUGGCAAGAAACUCAAUGUGGGAGGCCAUGGCCUUGGUUUCAGAACAAGGGAGCGGCCAGGCCUUGGCUGCGCCAACAGUAGUGGUGGACUCCAGAGGCAGGCUCCUGCAGCUGGACCCAUGUCUGGGCUGGGCAGCUAUACCGCAAGUGUGCUCUCAGGACCGAGGUUUGUGGCUGCUUCAGGAAACAAGACUUCCUCUGACAUUAGUGCCAGCAGUAACGUGACCUCAUCCACCUCCAUGCCUCGCCACGGGGCCGGUCCUCAGACAGAUAGGCUGUCCUCCAUGCGGGCAGCUUUCCAGGCUCAGUACAAGUCUCAGUUCACAGCAGCUACAGACACUUCGUGGAAGCUCGGACUGCCACGUUCACCACCCCGUCGACCACCUUCACCACCACGCCACACACCGUUCACUCCUCCUGUUCCAUUUGCUGUACCUUCACCAGUGCAUUUCACGUCACCAGCCUCCAAGACCGAGGCACAUCGAGAUUCACAAGGGAAUGACUCCAACACUCGUCCUCAUUCUCAGGACAGUUUGAGCCAGCCUAGAUCUUUUGGCACUGACUCUGUGCAGCAACAAGGACAGCAGCCGAGUAGCACAUCUAAAGAGGAAAGGCGGAAGAACAGAAAGUCACGCUGGGAUUGUUAGGCCGAGACCUUUCUUUCUUUUUUUUCAGUGGUGUGAUAUACUUCAAAGACCAUUUUAAAUAGCCUACCAUACAUAUUCCUUGAUAUACUGUGCAUGCAUGCUUGAUACGGAAAGCCAGAAAAGGAGAAGACGAGGACUGCACCGCCAUUAUGGCUUCGCUCAUCGGUGUGGCAGAGCUUGGUUCUAAUCAUGUCACAUUUCUAAUGUCAUAUAAUAUUUAGCGACACGCUAUGUUUCAUGAACUUCACAUUGCCUUCUUCUUUUGUUUGUAGAUUUACUCAUUGUGCAUUCAUCAGUUGUUGCUAUACCCCAAAAAUAAACAUUUAAAAUAUCA